AUGUCGGCUCUCAUCCUGCUCCUUGUGGUUCUGUUCACUGCAGUGCCGCCUACCAAGUGUCAAGGUAGCCUGGGGAACCUGCAGCCCUGGAUUCAGGGCCUAAUCGCCGUGGCUGUGUUCCUGGUGCUGGUCGCAAUUGCCUUUGCCGUCAACCGCUUCUGGUGCCAGGAAGAGCCGGAGCCCGGGGACGUGGUCAUGACCGUUGGAAACAAGUCAGAUGGAAUCCUGGUAGGAACAGACGGAAGGUACUCCUCGAUGGCGGCCAGCUUCAGCUCCAGUGAGCACAAGAAUGCCUAUGAGAAUGUCCCCGAGGAAGAGGGCAAGGUCCGGAGCACCCCCAUGUGACCCCCACUUGCAUGUGGCCCCCAGCCCUGACCCCACGUGCCUGUGAUGGAUGCCCGGCUCACCACCCAAGCCGCUCCUUCUCUGUGCAGGAACCUACAGUAAGGGGCCCACUCUUCCAACCCCACACUGCCCACCUUCGCUUGAACUGUCACCAGCCAAAGCCAGAGCUGUGUCCAGGUUGGGGCUCAGCUGUGGCCCUAGGGUUUCCUGGCAGGUCUCCCACCCAAUUCAAUUCAGAAGACCCUUCCGAAGAGGACAGUCAGCUCAUCACCUCCCACCCUGCCUCACACCCUCUCCCUCUAACUAUGGAAAUGGCUCUCAUUUCUGUGAAAUAAAGAUGUUUUGUAUUUCCAGGCCUGAUGUUCCCAGGGCUCAGAAACAGCCCCUCAGGCUUACAGCCAGGCCCAGU